CAUGUGCCAUGUGCCCGGACCAUCCGACCAUCACAGUAGAGUCGGAUUUAGCUACGUUUAAAUUGCAGUGGAUUUCUAGUUUUUAGAAAUAAUGGGUCCUACUCGAGACGCGAUUGUAAGCCUUUAUCGGAAUUUAAUCCGGGAAAGCAAAAAAUGGAACUCGUACAAUUACAGAAUGUACGCUCUGCGAAAAAUACGACACGAAUUCAAAGAGAAUAAAGCGUUAGAAGAUGAGGAAAAGGUUAGGCAUUGUUAUGCAAAAGGACUGGAAACACUGUCGAUGAUCAAGAAACAGGUCAUAUUGGGCGAUCUCUACAGUACUAGGCCCUUAAUUAUUGAAACUAAAAGCAAACCACACAACACAGUAAAAUAGAAUACAAUUGCAAUCAUUUAAUUUAAUAUAUCGCAUCGUACAUCUGCUUUUAUCUAUCAUUUUUAAUAUUACAAAACAAGCUAAGAUUAAGAAGAUUAGUGUUGCUA